AUGUUUGGUCCAUUUAAAUUAACAAGCCCUGUCGCUGGUGGCCUACUAUGGAAAAUUCCAUGGAGAAUGUCCACGCAUCAAAAAUGCCGUCAAAGAGAAAGGCUUAGAAACGUUGACCAAGUAAUAAAUCAGUUAACAUUAGGCCUACACGUUCAGAGAUGUCAGGGUAAAGGGCUGACUUACCAAGAAGCCUUGGAAAGUAAGAAGAAAUACAAGCCAAGAAGUAAGGUGUUGAGAUUAUUGAACAAGCCCUCUGUCUUUCCCAAGGAGAGCCAAAUGUCAUCCAAAGACAAAUAUUGGGCAUUUGAUAAAAAAGCCACCGGUUACAGGAAGGGUAUUCAUAAGGUACCUAAGUGGACUAAGCUCUCCAUUAGGAAAACUCCGAAAUUCUUUUGA